GGGAAGCGCGUGUCCAUGUGACGACAGCAGCCGCGGCAGCUCGUGCUAAGAGAAACACUCACGUGCUUCGGUGCUACAGCUGCGCCGGUCCGCGGGGUAAAAUCAGAGCCGUUUGGGGUUCUAUGCGGCUGACUGUGGUGCUGCUUGCGGCUCAGACGGCACUGAGGAUCUCACCUCGACCGCUAACUUCUAAAGCAGCUGUGUUUAGGGUCCCCUGGCCAGGCCCGCAGAGACGGUUCAGGACCAUGGAGACCAGCGAAGACCCUCAGGACCCCCAGAACAACAUUAGUAAGUCAGCAAGUGAUGUCACUGCCCCCACAGAACCCAGAGAACCCACAGAGGAAUCACAAAGCAGCCUGGAUGCUCCUGCAGAACCUGGGCUGAUGCCGGGAGAGACGGUGGUCAGAGAGGGGAAGGCGGCGAUUUUGUUCCCCAGCGCUAACGAGGUGUUUUACAACCCCGUCCAGGAGUUCAACAGAGACUUAACGUGUGCGGUGAUGACGGAGUUUGCGCGGGAGACGCUCGCUCAGAGAGGCGUACGCAUCAUCGUUCCCGGGGAGAAGGAGAGAGUGGUGGUCCGUCUGGCGGACGAGAAGAACGGCGGGGAGGCAGAGGGAGCGACAGAGCAGGGAGAGAGAGAGGAGAAGAAAGAGGAGGCGGAGUUUAGGACCACGUCUGUUGGAGAGCGCUGUGAGGACGGUCUGCGUGUGUUAGAGGGACUAGCCGCAUCUGGUCUGCGUUCCGUCCGGUUCUCUCUGGAGGUUCCGGGGCUGAAGAGCGUAACAGCGAACGACUGCUCCGCUAAAGCCGCCGCGCUGAUCGCCCGAAACGCCAAACACAACAACGUCACACACCUGCUGGAGGCCAGCCAGAGAGACGCCAGCAUGUUGAUGUAUGAGGCCAGAGGGAGGAAGGAGCGCUAUGACGUCAUCGACCUCGACCCAUAUGGAAGCCCCGCCCCCUUCCUGGACGCUGCAGUUCAGGCCGUCAGCGAGGGAGGGCUGCUGUGCAUUACGUGUACGGACAUGGCGGUGAUGGCGGGGAACAGCGGAGAAACCUGCUACAGUAAAUACGGCUCAGUGUCCAUCAAAUCCAAGUACUGCCACGAGAUGGCUCUGCGGAUCAUCCUGCACUCUCUGGAUCAGCGCGCCAACGUUUAUCAGCGCUACAUUGAGCCUCUGCUGAGCGUCAGCGUCGACUUCUACAUCCGAGUGUUCGUCAGAGUCCGAACAGGACAAGCUAAAGUCAAAAACUCAGCCAGCAAGCAGGCUGUGGUGUAUAACUGUGUUGGCUGUGGUGCGUUUCACCUGCAGAGGAUGGGAAAGAGGAUUUCACAGGGCAAACAUAUGAAGUACUCGGCUGCUACAGGACCGCCUGUCGGGCACAGCUGUGAACACUGUGGUCAGAGACACCAGCUCGGAGGUCCAUUGUGGGCAGAACCCAUCCAUAACACGGAGUUUGUUCAGAAAGUUCUGGCGGCGGUCUCGGGGAACCCCUCUCGCUUCGGGACGUCCAAACGCAUCGAGGGCGUUCUCAGCAUGGUCACUGAGGAGCUGCAGGAUGUUCCUCUGUAUUAUGUGCUGGACCAGCUCAGCAGCACAGUCCACUGCAACACGCCGUCCAUGCUGCAGUUCAGGUCAGCUCUACUUCAUGCAGGUUAUAAAGUGUCGUUCUCUCACGCCUGUAAGAACGCAGUGAAGACCGACGCCCCCGCUGGUGUGCUGUGGGACAUCAUGCGCUGCUGGGAGAAGAGCAACCCGGUGAAGAGAGAGAGACUAUCAGAGACCAGCCCAGCUCUCCGAAUCCUCUCCACAGAACCCACUCUGCAGGCGUGUUUCGAUAUCAGAGAGGACGCGAACCCUCAGUCACGCAAACGCCACCUCACGCGCUUCCAGGAGAACCCGCAGGCCAACUGGGGUCCUAAAGCCCGCGCCAAGGCCGGCGGCGGUGUGUCCUCUGAGCUGGAGGACCGCAGGAAGCAGUUUCAGGGAAAACGAAAGACCCAGGUCACCGACUCCGCCCAGCUCAAAAACUUCCCCUGCAAGAAAUUCCGCAAGGGCUGCUGCACGUACGGAGAGAAGUGCUGUUACUCCCAUGAUCCUCAGCAUCUCACCAGCCAAGAAGAAAAGAUGGAGUGAUGAGUUCAUCAAUCUCCUUCCCACGCUGACCAAUCAGAAUCGCCCGUCCCACUGAUGGAGCUGGACAUGUUUAAAUGAAAGUGCAGAUCUGAGUUCACAGCGUCGGAGUCGUGCUGAACACUGAGGGUCUGUGAUGAACAGUGUGUGUAUAUUAUACAGAGAGUUGAUAUUCAGGUAUUCUGCAUUAUUUGCUUUUAUUUUGUUUUUCCUGGCUAAUAAACUCUCACUGAACGUCC